GGAACCGGAAACUGGGCCAGAAAGCACACCCAGGAGAGAGUGGGCGAGGCCACACUCCCGGAAGUGCCUGCGGCCUUGGGCGGACGCACCGCGCCGCAGUCUCCACCGUUCCGCAUCCCGGAGGGCGUGGAGGGAGAGGGCCGGAGCCUGGCCGCGCUCUCGGUUCCCAGGGCCGCUCUAGGAGGGCCCCUGUUUGGGCAGCGACUCCUGUGGAUAGGGAGCGGGAGUAUCAGCGGGCCCUUGCUCCGCCUAACGAGGGAAGAGAAUUUGGGCAGCCUUCCGCAAAAGCGUCGUUCCCCAGCCCCAAAGUGGAGGGGCGGGAUGGACGAGCCUCUCACUCCGCGGGCGUCCGCACAAUUCAUCGCGGAAAACAGUCGGGAUGUGUUCAUUGACGGCGAAGGCGUUCGGAAGGUGGCGGACCUGCUGCUCGCCAGAGCCUCGGGGCCGGAGCUGCGCCUGGGGGGCUGGAAGGCCCUUCACGAGCUGAACCCCAGGGCGGCCGAUGAGGCCGCGGUCAACUGGGUGUUCCUGGUAGACACGCUCAACUUCUCCUUCUGGUCGGAGCGUGACGAGCAUAAAUGCCUAGUGGGGUACAGGGGGACGACUUACAGUGGAUACUGGUCCCUGUGCGCCGCGGUCAACAGGGCCCUUGACGAAGGAAUACCAAUAACUAGUGCUUCAUACUAUGCCACAGUAACCCUGGAUCAGGUUCGGCAUGUACUCCGUUCUGACACAGAUGUUCCAAUGCCUUUGAUUGAAGAGAGGUAUCGGAUUCUCAAUGAAACCGGGAAAAUUCUGCUUGACAAGUUUGAAGGCUCUUUUCUUAAUUGUGUUCGAAAAAGUGAAAGAAGUGCACAGAAGUUAAUGUACCUGGUAGUCGAGAGCUUUCCUUCUUACAGAGAUGUGACUCAGUUUGAGGGGAAAAGAAUUUCUUUUUAUAAACGGGCUCAAAUCCUUGUGGCAGACACGUGGAGUGUGCUAGAGGGAAAAGGAGAUGGCUGCUUUAGGGACAUCUCCAGUAUCACCAUGUUUGCUGACUAUAGAUUACCUCAAGUUCUUGUUCACCUGGGAGCCCUGAAAUACUCUGAGGAGCUACUAAAGAAGCUUCUCAAAGGAGAAAUGCUCUCAUAUGGGAAUAGGCAAGAGGUGGAAAUCAGAGGGUGUUCACUUUGGUGUGUUGAGCUGAUCCGGGAUUGUCUUCUGGGGCUUAUUGAUAAAAAGGGUGAAAAAACUAGUGGAGAAAUCAAUUCCAUUCUUCUGGACUUUUACUUAUGGGACUAUGCCCGUGAUCACAGGGAAGACAUGAAAGGAAUUCCAUUUCAUCGUACACGUUGCAUAUAUUACUGACCCAAAGUGUAACCUGACUCAGAGAAAACUCCUUGCAUUUUUAUAUCACAUAAUCAUUUGUACAAUUUUGCGUUGUUAUUAAGAGAAGGUGAUAGACGUUAUAGCAGCAAGAAAAUUGAUUACAUUGUCUCACUUAAAAGUUUUUUACUGACAUAUCACUCUGUAUCCCCAACUUUACCCUUUGUUUGCUUGUUUAGUUUUGACUCAAUUUUCCCUUCCUGUGGACACAUGACAAAAAUCAGUGAAGGGACUUUAAUGCUUUAUUUCAAUUUCAAAUUUCUUAAAAUUAAUCAUGCAUUAUAAUAUGAUUAAUCUUCAAUGAUAAUGUAUCAUCCAUUCAGUUGGCUGUUUUUUCUCAAGGGGUAGUGAUUUUCUAUAUACCUUAGUCAUGUGAUAUGAGAGAAAGAAAGGGUAGGGUCUUUGCUGUGUGAAUGCUGCUGCUCUUGUAAAAAUCUAUCUUGACAGCUUAUUUUAAACUUUUUAUUGGUAAUGAUAGUGGGUUUUGUACAUAAUGAUUUUCAGUUUAGGUUAUCUCUCUGUCUUGAUUUCUUUUUCCAGAGCAACUACAUUGAAAUUGGAUAAAGAUUUUUAGUGGUGGGGACUUGAUCAUAGGGGGGAAUGUAGUAACCACAAUGUUACUCAUGUAAAAUUUCGUAAGAUUGUAUAUCAAUGAUACUUUAAUUUUUAAAAAGGUUCUUAAAACGUGUCAACCUGGAAUGGAUUUUUUCAUUAAAAUAGAAUUUUCCACAUAUAAUUUUAAAAGGUUUACAAUAAUUUGAUUAAUUACUUUACAUUGAAGAAUUCUCUUUACCUACCAUGCACUCAUUUCCCACCUUCACCCCUACCAUCCUUCUAUCAUCAUCUUGACUUUUUGUUAGCUGUCUACCUUGAGCUCCCUGAAUCCCGAAAAGGGAUCCUUUUCCCAAGCACUUUACUGCCAUCUGCUGCAACUGCCAAAUGAUUGAUUGAGUGCAAUUGGGGCAGUGCCCAGCUUUCACCACCAUAAGCAGUGGUCCUAUAUCUGUCCCUCCCCACGCCACUCGGGAAGGUGAUGCCAUCCCCAAUUCCAGAGGUAAGCCUAAGUUCACGUGAAUGGUUUAUUCAUACUAAUCCUGUGCUCUGCCUGUGACUGCCUUAGUAAUGGGUAUAUGUCUAGUUCUGGCCUGUGACAUUGGAGAAGUCUGCAGGGAGGUUUCUGGGAAGAGGUUUCUUCACUUUUAAGAAAGACGUAGGAAAGGUCCCUCUUCUUCCUCUGGUGAUGUUCUGUCGUUGUCUGAGGCUGCAAUAUAGCCUUCAGGGCAGCCGGAGCACCCCACACCUGCCCUGCCUCGGCCCAUCCCAGCUUUGGACUUCAUUCUUGAAAAAACACAUUAUCUUAUUGCCAUCAUUUUGAAUUAGUUCUCUGUAAUUGUAGUAGAAAGUAUCAAAACCAGUAAUUUUUAAUUUAACUGGUUCUCAGGAGGCUGCAGGCUCCAGAAAGUGGAAGUGAAACUGUCUCCUGGACUUAGGGCCUUGCCACACCCCACCUCCUGCCGCCCUUCUGGCUCCUCUCCUCCAGUCUCCACCUGUGCCUCUUCUCCCACUGCUUCUCUUUCCCCUCCUCUCUCUGCUCCCUUUGCUCUCCCCUCCCCUUUCCUUCCUCCUCCAGGCUCAGCCCACUCUAGGCCUCAUGCUUUCCCACAGUUCAUUUUUCCACUGUGUAAAAAUAGAAGCUACCCGGGGCUACAUGGUGCUCUUUGGUGCCCAGCUGUCUUUUCUCUUGUGCUACCGAGCAUAGCCUGGACUCAUGCUGCAAGAUGUCUGCCAUCUCAUCAAGGCAGCAGGACUGAAGAAGCAAUGAAGUUGAGAGCAAGGGUUGACUGGAAGACUAGCAGCGACCACAUACAUUUUUGCUUCCAUUUCACUGACUACAACUUAAAUCAUAUGACCACAACUAACUGCCAGGAGCCCAAGAAAGAAGUCCAUAUUCUGGGCAUUGGGUACCAGCUAACCUAUGUAAGUAGUGUGGAUGAGUAUUGGGAAAGAGCAGGUUUCUGCCACCAUGUCUGGAUUUUAUAAUUUUCAUAUGUGAUGGACACUAAGAAUUUAAAUUACAUUUCACCUAGUGGUUUUAAAGCCAAUGACAACCAUUUUCCAGAUCUAUAUCAUUAGGGUUUACCAAAUGGUAAUGUUCUUGUUUUUGUGGGUCUUGUGCAAGGAUAACAUCUCUCUUUAUGGAUUAAGGUAGUAUGGGGAACAUAAUGUGCGUGGAGUGAGCUCCUGAAGUUCCAGAAGAUGAGAAUGUAGAAAUAGGAUCUGGAAAGUUUUCUUGAUUGUUUUGAUUCCUUCCGCACACCCUCUUAAAGACAAUCAAUGAAAAUAUGUGCACUCCUGGAGCCACCAGCUCACAGCCCUCCAUUCAGAGAAGUUCUCUGUUUGCUGUUGCUAAGCCAGUUUUCUAGCAGAGACUAAAUAUUAGUUCCAAUUUCUUGGUUGACUCAGUUUCUUUUCAUAGCUUUUGCUUUGUAACAAGUUCAAAAAUAUCCUGGCUUUUUUUUUACCCAUAUUUCAUUACUUCUUUGACAGCCAUCUUAUGAUUUGUCUCCCUCUACAAAUUCAAUUGAGUCUGGAUACCAUGUCAGUGCCCUCCACCCAAAGUAAAUAGUUUGGAAUACUUGUUUAGCGUGGGAAUUUGGGAGAUGGUCUGAUGAAGUAGGGUUCUCUCUAGAGUGGCUGCUAUCAGAAACCAGGCGCAAAUCUACUACUGGCUAGCUCAAUAAAUCUUACCCAUAAGGAGAGUAGCCUUGUGCAAGGAAAAAAGCUGGAACUGGUAAAGAAGCAACAGUCACCCAUUGUAGCCAAAGUGGAAGAAUAUGUGGCACUGUGUGUGUAGCAUGGUAGCCUUAUUUUUGUCUGCUUAUGCCAUAGUAGAUAGCCAGACACGAACAAGGAGCGGGUUGGGGACUUCAGCUAGUGUUUACAUUCAGUUAGAUGCUUGUUUAUAUUUUAAACACUGUGUAAACUGUUCUCAUGGGAUGUGGGGAGUGAGGGUUUACAUGACAGACAUGCCAAAACUAACUGGUUCCAACAUGGAGAAGUAGACCCUGAUUUCCCCUCAAAAUACUUAAUACACUCAUUAACAGUAAAAAUCACGCCUCCCUGCACCAUGACAGUUCAGAGGUAAUGAAAAGCAGAAAAAGAGACAUGAACCGGGUGGAGAGAGAAUAAAGGGACUCAAAGAGUUAACCAGAUAAAACUAUAAAGCCAAAAGGGACUCACAGAGUUAAUGAGUUAAUUAGUUGAAGUUUCAAAGACCAAGAGCAACUUGAAAUGUCCGGGUAUUCCCCAGAUAAAGAAAAGUAUCCAAGCUCAACCAUACAACAAUGAAUUAUACCAAUCAGAUCAUGCAGAUGUAAAAUCUGUUUAGCCUGCAAAAAGAUCCAGCUUAUUCUUUAACUUAACCUAUAUGCUGUUUUUAACUCUUCUUCCAGCCCCUUAAUCGAGUAACUUUGUAACCAGAGCAGGACACAGACCUCAGAAGUAUAAAUAAACCUUUGUGGACAAAGAAUGCUGAAAUCCAGGUCAACGAGUCACCUAAAUAACCCUAUUCUUUUUUUUUUUUAAUUAAGGUAUCAUUUAUAUACACU